AUGCCGCCAAAAUCCACCUCCAAACCGCCGCCGUCGCCGGGCGGAGGCAUCAAGAACAUGUAUCUGCAGGCUUACAAUUGGGUGUCGGCGAUGCUUUGGCUGGGCGUGCUGGCGAGGGUGGUUAUGAUUGGGUGGAUGGACGGGCUGGAGAGUGGGAAGGUGUAUGAGGGGACGGAGAAGGUGUGUCGGCUUACGCAGAGUUUGGCGGGGUUGGAGGUGUUGCAUAGUGUGUUGGGCAUCGUCCGAGCACCACUCCUCACGACGCUGAUGCAAGUCGCUUCGCGCUUUCUGCUCGUCUGGGGCAUCGCGUAUAAUUUCCCGCAAACGACCAAGUAUUCGCCUGCGUACAGCUCGAUGCUCGUGGCUUGGAGCGUCACCGAAGUCAUUCGGUACUCAUACUUUGUCUUCGUGCUUGGUGGAAUGGGUGUCCCGCGGCUGUGGACGUGGCUACGAUACAACACCUUCCUCGUUCUCUAUCCGCUUGGCGUCGCUAGCGAAACGUGGCUCAUCUACCGCGCCAUUCCUCCCGCUUCUAAGAUGGACGAAAAGUACGGAUACGCGCUGUAUGGUAUUCUGGCUACGUACAUCCCGGGAUUCUACACUCUUUUCACGCAUAUGUUGAAGCAGAGGAGCAAGAUUAUGCGAACCAAGGCUCAGUAG